AUGUUGAACUGUACGACAGUCACAGUCUUCCUCCUCCUGGGCUUCCCCUCCCUUCACCAUCAGGAGCGCCUAAUAGCAAUCACUUUCCUGGCUUCCUAUUUGGUGAUCUUGGCUGGAAACCUGCUGAUCGUCUUCCUCAUUCUUUCUGAAAGAGACCUCUACAGGCCCAUGUACUUUUUCCUUGGUAACCUCUCCGCUCUGGAAAUCUUUAUCGCAACAUCCGUCAUACCCAAAGCAGUAGGGAGCUUGCUGCUGGGCAGCAGAGUCAUCUCCUACCCAGCUUGCUUAACUCAAUGUUACUUCUACUUCCUCUUGGGCUGCACUGAGUUUGUCCUUCUGGCUGUCAUGUCCUAUGAUCGUUACGUGGCCAUAUGUUACCCUCUUCAGUACCCCGUACUCAUGAACAGUCAGCUUUGCCUUCAGCUCCUCUUGGGCUCUUGGACUGCGGGCUUCCUGGUCACUAUUACCCCCACAAUCCUGGGUGCCAGGCUGCCCUUCUGCAAUGCCAAUCAUAUCGACCACUUCUUCUGCGACAGUGUGCUUUUGAUGAAGCUGGCCUGUGCAGACACAUGGGUUGUGGAUCUGGUCACCUGCACGGUCUCAUCCAUCGUCCUAUUUGGCUCACUGGCCAUGACAGUGGUGUCCUACCUGUACAUCAUUAAUACCAUCCUUAGGUUGCCCUCAGCUUCCUCAAGGCACAAGGCAUUUUCUACCUGCUCCUCUCAUCUCGCCAUUGUCAUCUUGGGCUAUGGCAGUUGCAUCUUCAUGUAUGUGCAGCCUUCAAGUCAUUAUGUUUCCUACAACAAGGCAGUGGCCCUUCUCAACACAGUGAUAACUCCUCUGAUGAGCCCCUUUAUCUUCAGCCUGAGGAACCAGCAGAUGAAAGAUGCCCUCAAGGCGGGCUUGAAGAGAAGCUUGAUAACCUCCAGGAGACAGCUUUCCUUCUGA